GCGACAAUCGGUUGUCCCAAUAUACCUUGCAGUUUACGGCUACCUUUGCUUGAACCCACCAUUUAACCUGCUCGAUCGCUUACUACUUGACACUAAAUUUGCGUCAGAGGUACCGUAGCGACAACUUGUUCUGCUUCUGCUGCGGCCAGUGUGCGGUCUGCGUAAGAUAUACAGCUCCCUAGAAAGAUGUAUAUAUAGAAGCAAUUGUAAAAUUCUUAAGUGUCUUGCACUUGCAAUUGCCUCCCAAUUCCGCUGUUAGCAUGGAUCGGGUGAAGGUAGGAGUUCUGGCAGGCCUGCUCUUCUUCUUGUCCUUCGUGACCAGCUCAUCCAACGCGAAGAAAAGCUCAGGUCGCGCCAAAUUGGUGAUACCCAUACCACCGGAAAACCAUAAUUGGACCUACGUCGACGAUUGUAGGCACGAAAGAUGCAUGCAAGACUGCAAAGACAAAUGGAAAGACGCAUAUGACGUUAGAGGGAACUGCUACAAUUUGUCAUGUGUAUGCCAGCACAAACCGCCGUGCACUCUGAAGGCGUGCCACCGUUUGUGCAAGAGCGCCCAAGCAGGCAGGGACCGGCUUGGCCUCAAAGCGAUAUGCGUUAGAUCGGACUGCAACUGCGACUGGGACGACAAAUGCGAGAGAAGGCAGUGCCGUCAAUCCUGCAUAGAUAAAUUCAGGUGGACUCGCUAUUCUACUUUUUCUGUCCACUCAAGAUGCGUCAACGAGGUGUGCAUCUGCAACACUUCAUCCCGGAGGGAUCGCGGCCGUUAACGUUGCGACUGAGUAACAGCACCAAGUAUAUAUAGCUCACUUAUUUGUUUGACAAAUAAAACGCCUAUGAGGCACUGGGCUAAAAA